GGGGAGAGAGCACUUACCUGGGGACCCCUUUUUCAUUGCACAAGACGGGAGCCAAACAGGCCCGACACUCGGAUAGAAUACUUGGUCUAUCAAGCCCGCAUCUCUCAAGCCCGCCCGCGCAGUUCAACAAAAACACGCAUUCAUCCUGGCCCCAACUCUGCAUCGUCACACCCACCGUCCUCGCUCCGCGCAUCGCCAUGCCUCCUCCGCCUCCGCCUCCGCCCAGGCGAAAUGUGGCCGGCGGGGCCAUGUCGGCCUCCAAGGAGGAGAACGUCUAUAUCCCCAACUUCAUCAGCAAGCGGCCAUUCUACGCCGGAGACGAGGGCGACAAUACCGAUUACCUUGACCACCAGCGCCUACAAAAGAAGAAUGAGGACACGGCAUGGUACGACCGCGGCAAGAAGGCUGGCCCGGCAGCCACCAAGUUCCGCAAGGGCGCGUGCGAAAACUGUGGCGCCAUGACACACAAGGCGCGCGACUGCGUCGAGAGGCCGCGCCAGAAAGGUGCCAAGUGGACGGGCCACGACAUCCAAGCCGACGAGCUGGUUCAGGACGUCAAAAUGGGAUGGGACGCCAAGCGAGACCGCUGGAACGGCUACGAUGCGUGCGAGUACCGUGCCGUUGUGGAAGAAUACAACCAGAUGGAGGAGAUGCGCAAGGAGAUGCGCGCGCGCGAGGCCGAGGCCGAGGGCCGCGAGCUCGAAGACGACGGCGACCACUACGCCGAGGAGUCAGACAUGAGCAAGCACCAGCCCACGUCGACACGGCAGCUGCGCCUCCGCGAAGAUACGGCCAAGUACCUCUUGAACCUGGAUCUCGAGUCGGCAAAAUACGACCCCAAGACGCGCGCCAUCGUUGACGCGGGCGCGACCAACGACGAGGCCGCCGCGCUGUUUGCCGAGCAAGGCUUCCUAAAGCAGUCGGGCGACGCCGCCGAAUUCGAGCGCGCGCAGCGUUACGCAUGGGAGGCACAGGAGAAGGGUGGCGACACGCGCCAGCACCUGCAGGCGAACCCCACGGCGGGUGAGUUUAUGCGCAAGAAACUGCGCGAGGAAGCGCAGCGCCGGCAGGAAGAGCUCGACCGCGAGCUGCGGGAGAAGUAUGGGGGCGAGACCAAGACCUUGCCGGACGAGGUGCGCCGCAUGGCCGUCGCCGAGUCGGAGCAGUUUGUCGAGUACGACGAGAUCGGGUUGAUCAAGGGGGCGCCGCAACGAAAGGCGCGGUCAAAGUACCGCGAGGACAUGUUUCCCAACAACCACUUGUCCAUUUGGGGCAGCUGGUGGUCCAACUUCAAAUGGGGCUACGCAUGUUGUCACUCACUCAUGCGUAACAGCUAUUGCACCGGCGAAGAGGGCAAGGCCGCCUGGGAAGCCGCAGAGCGGCAGCGCACUGGUGUCGGCCUCAUCGAGGCCGAACCCGAGGACCAUGAGAAUCACAAAGAGCCAGAUAAGAAGGAGCGGUCACCAUCACCGGAAGCGGUUUCGCCUUCAAAGUCGAAGAAGCGGGUGGCAGGGGAGAUGACGGAUGCUGUUUCGGAGACUGAGAUGGACGAAUACCGAAGGAAAAAGACAGCGGUUGAUGACCCGAUGGCCAAAUAUUUAGGAAAGGACGAACUUGUGCACUAAGAGGUGAGCAGAGAGAGAGCGUGUCGUCUUGUUGGUGUAUCUGAAAUAUACUGGCAAGACCGUCGGCUCUUUUGUACGCCCAACGUGGACAUUUAGAUAUUCGCAUUAUACUGCCAGCUUCCUGAUGAGAUGCCCCGCGAUGUAUUUGUAUAUUCCUUGUCCCCCUUCGCUCUCAACCUUUGCUCCCAACCUCGAGGUAUUAUUCUCCUCCCAGAGCAUCGGUAUAGAGCCGUGGAGGCCCAGUGCCGGUUGCAACGCCGGUUCCAGUUGCCCAGGCGCCUACCAGGGCGCCCGCCGA